AAACAAACAUCUGGAAAACCAUUUUUGUUGAAUUAAUAAAACAGCAACAGCAGGACAAUGGAGGGGAUUUGCCGCGUUUGCCUGGGAAAUCCCACCGGUGACUUGGUUAACAUAUUCGAUGCCAGACGUCGGACUCGAACCGGAAUCUCCAUUGCCGACAUGAUCGCGCAGUGCACAGGCUUUAAAGUUCGACGGGGCGAUUCCUACCCAGAAACCAUUUGCCCGCCCUGCCUGGAGGAUGCGCAAAAUGCGUUUAAUAUACGGCGGACAUGUGAGAAAAGCCAUCAGUUCUUUUGCCAAGUGAGGGAUGAAGGCGUUGAGGAGGCCUUGUGUGCCUUGCUCGAGGAAGAGGAUUGGGAUAUAUCGGACAACGAGGACGAAUGGAAGAAUGUAGAGCAGGCUGAUAACAAUAGUAAUAGCGACGAUGAAAACAAUAAUGAUGACAGUCAAGGAGAUAAUGUGAAUGAAGAAACUUCCUUUGAAUGUAACGAGUGCCGGAAGACCUACAAGCGGAGAGCUCCCUGGCUAAGGCAUAUGCGGACACACUUGGUGGGUGGACCAGACCCAUUCUCCUGCAGUCACUGCCCAAGGGUUUUCCGGGCUAAAAUUCAGCUGAAGGUGCACCUGCACACUCACACGGGCGAGCGGCCCUAUAGCUGUGGCCACUGCCCGAAGAAAUUUGCCCAGCAUGCGACGCUGCAGUCACACAUCCGGACGCACACGGGAGAGCGUCCCUUCAAGUGUGCCCAAUGCAGCAAGACCUUCGUUAAGUCGUCUGACUUGCAUCGCCACGUUCGCACGCACUCAGGUCUUAAGCCGCACAAAUGUUCCCAGUGCUCGAAUAGCUAUUCAAGGAAGUCCCAUUUGGAGAAUCACCUGCGUUCUCACACGGGUGAAAAACCAUUCAAGUGUUCACAGUGUCCGAAAUCCUUUUAUCUGAAGCACCAUCUCCAGGAGCACAUCCGAACGCACACCGGCGAAAAGCCGUUCAAGUGCUCCCAGUGCCCCCAGUCCUUUAGUCAGAGCAACACUCUUAAGAGCCACAUGCUGACGCAUAGCAAGGAGAGAUCAUUCAAGUGUUCCCGCUGUUCCAGGACAUUUAAGCAAAGAAGAUCGCUCGGAAAGCAUGUCCUCACUCAUGAUUGAGGGAUAUUUAAUGAUAAUAUUAUAUUUGAAUAUUUUGAAAACUUGUAAAAAUUCGUUUUUUAUGGAAUAUCUGAAGGG